AUGGUACUAAAUGACUCAUUCUCCUCGCUCUUCUCAUCGCCGUUAAGAAAAGCAAAUGAAAGUUUCAAUGAAUCGUUCGGCGACAAGAACACUCUCUCACCCGCCACAGUUUUCCGAUGCCUUCAAAAAGAGUAUGAUCAAAUUUCCACGGUGUUACAAUCUCAUCCUCCUACAUGUUCACAGUACCAAACUUCAUUGAAUGAACUGAUUUCAUUGUUUGAACGAGCUGAGGAUCAGUCUAUGUUUGGAGUGCAAAAACUGAUUUUGUCUGUAUUUUUAAAGCUCACUGGCAAUAUUCUCAGCGUUCUCGGAAAACCGAAAUAUCAACCGACACUCUACAAACUAGCUCAGCUCAUCGCUUCGUCAAUUUCUCCUGACUUGGGAGCUGACAAUGAAAUUGAAGAGGAAAAUAUGCACAAAUGGGCAGACCGAAUUAUUAUUGAAUGCUCAAUUCAUUUGCUCGAAUUUCCAAACUAUAAGAUGGAUCUAGAAUUCAACAUUGAUGAGAUUGUCGAUGAAUUGGUUUUGGCUAGCGGAAAGUUCCAGUUUGUGAAAUCCGCUGUUUUUGUCGCAGCUCGCGACAUGGUUUCCGAAAUGGAUACAACUGUCGAAAUCACUCCGGAAUCUAGGUGCACACUAGGAAACCUUGCUGAUGAGAAUAUCCUGCGUUUAUUGUUGUGGCUGUUUCUUCGUCAGAAAUCGACUUUGAAAAGCAAUCUUCUUCCGUCACUGUUUCCAAACCUUCCGUUCACCUUGAAAGCUGAAGAAUAUGAUAGAAGUGCAGAAUGCUCAUUGUUAGACUUGAAGGUUCGUUUUCUAGCUUCAAACAAAAACUUACAUCCGAGUUUUCAGCUGUAUCUAGUUUCUCUCUCCGUGGUAUCCUCAACGACUACUGAAUCUGGAAUGACAAUGAAAUCGGCACCUACAAUUGCUUCUCAACUGUCGUUGACCAAACAUCAAAAAAAUUGCUGGAAAGCCAUAGUUGAUGCAUGUGCAGGAAAAAAGGUCGCAGCAAUUUCUCGUCUCCGCACUUCACAACUUGUCGAGUCGGUUCGUUUGAUUUCCGAUGGAUCUGAAGACGUGAGAGUUCUUUUCGACGGCUGGAAAUAUUGUCUUCAACCUUCUGCAACAUAUGAUGAUGAUGUUUAUGAGGCUAUUCAAGCUGUAACCGAGAAGUACAGAGCUAAAAUGAAUUCUCUUCUCGCAUAUGGUCCAUUCUACACAUCUGAUCCUUCCUCUUUCUCCAAAUCAGGUUCAGUGUGUCGUCGGGAUAUGAAAACUCUAUUCCCACUCCAGUUCGAUUAUGAAUUCGUCAACACCACAGAGGCAGAACACAUCGGAACGGUCAUCAACAGUCUCGAAGGAUACAUGAGUCCACAACCUGAAAACGAUGUCACUGAAGAAGAGGAUGCGGAGGUUUUGUCAACCAAAGAUUUCGAAUCUGCGGGCGACGAAACAUUCCACAGUGUCGGUUCAACGUCCGAUCAUUAUUCGUCUGCAAACAACUCUCAGUUCUUCUCUCCGCUACAACAUAAUCGUGAUUCUAUGCUCCCAUCUGCAGUCUCACAACUCAUCAGAGAAGAAUCACUUGCAAACACGUCUCAUGUUUCCACAAAAUCUCUGAUUCUGACUCCAACUCGUGGUACUUCAGCUACACCAACACAUGCGUCGCCUCAUCCAAACAUUUUUGACCUGUCCAUAGAACGACAUCAGAAUGUGUCGGUCACCGCACCAGAGAAAAGCGAUUUGGACCAUUCUGAUGAAGAAGAGGACGAACUUGAAGCAGCAUUGCUCGAAUCAACUCAAAAACACGAAAAGUGUAUCAUAGCUCUAAAGACGCCAGAAAAGUCUGUCAACGUUGAAAAACUCACCCCAACUCCUACUAAAGAUGCUCAAACUGCAACCGAUGACGCUUUCAUAUCUUCUGGUGAAAGCAGCAUUGUCACUGUUAAAUAUACUCCUAAAACGGAAUCAACAACUACUCUAAACGCUGCCCCGCCCAUUUUUAUUUCCGAUUCUGAAGAGUACGAUGAUGAAGAGUACUACGAUGAGGAUGAAGAGGAAUAUUACGACGAGAAAGAGGAAAACGACGAGAGUCUGACGGAAAAGGAAGCUUAUUUGAGUGAAUCUGAAAUCGAAAGUUUGAUGGAACAGAUUCGUGAAGCUACACUUUUCAUGUUUAGAGACAGAAGAAUGAAAAUGUUUGGACUCGAAAACCAAAAAAUACAGCUAGACAACACUAAUGAUGCCGAGAUUCUGGAAGCUGCGACGAAGAAAUUGGAAAAAAUCUCCAUGGACCUAUCUGCGACGUCGGAGAGGCUCGAUAAACUGAAAAUACCUAAUCUUACUACCAUGUUCCCGAGUACUGCUGAACCAUCUGUCCAAGUCUUACCAAUUCCUUUGCCUAAAACUGCAACAGAAGCAACCACAGUCGAUCACAAUCCACAAAAAUGUCUUGGAUGUCAGUUUUCAGAGUGA